AUGCCUGCCCAAGAAAAAAAGGACGUCAACCAUGCACUUGUAUUGCAUCCCGGUGGUGCAUUCAACUACCAGGAACGCGACAUUCCGGUGAUUCAGUCUGAUCGCGAUGUCAUCGUUCGAGUCAUUGCAACCGGCCUUUGCGGGUCAGAUGUCCACUACUGGCAACAUGGCAAACUGGGUCGAUAUGUAGUCGAAAAACCCAUAAUCCUGGGCCAUGAAUCUUCUGGAGUCAUCGUCAGCUGUGGAAGCAACGUGGAUGGCCUCAAGGUUGGCGACUGCGUUGCCCUUGAGCCUGGCAUCUCGUGCAACACAUGCCGGCACUGUCGCAGCGGCCGUUAUAACCUCUGCACCGACAUGCGUUUUGCUGCCACACCUCCGUAUGAUGGGACACUGUCGACAUACUAUCGUGUCCCUGCUGAAUGCUGCUACAAACUGCCACCGCAUAUUUCUCCCCGAGAUGGCGCGCUGGUAGAGCCUCUCAGUGUGGCCGUUCAUGCUUGUCGCCUGGCAGGAGAUAUGCAGGACAAGUCGGUGGUGGUCUUCGGUGCUGGUCCAGUUGGUUUAUUGUGCUGUGCUGUCGCCUCCGCCUUUGGUGCUUCGACAGUCGUUGCAGUGGAUGUGGUUACAAGCCGGCUGGAGUCUGCGAGUAUGUAUGGAGCCACACAUACGUACGAGAUGGGAUCCGAUAAAAAGAACGCAGAGGAACUGCUGGCAAUGGCUGGGCUGGACAGAGGAGCAGAGAUCGUCCUAGAUGCUUCAGGGGCCGAGCCGUGCUUGAAUUGCGGCAUUGACAUUCUUCUUCCUGGUGGAACAUUCGUCCAGGUGGGAUUGGGAAAGCCAAACGUGUCAUUUCCCGUUGGUCAAGUGUGCGAUAAAGAGGCUGUGUUCAAAGGAAGUUUCCGAUAUGGACCGGGAGACUACAAACUGGCCAUUGGACUGCUGAAUUCACGACGAGUGAAGUUGGAGGGACUGGUGACGCACGAAUAUUCAUUCUGGAAAGCCCAAGAUGCGUUUCAAAAUGUGGUCAAUCGAAACGGGAUCAAGAGUGUCAUUUACGGACCGGGUACGGAUGGAGAUUUGCUAUAG